CGCGGAGGGGCGGGGCCGGGCCGCGCCGCGCGGCGCUGGUGGCGCAGUCGGAAUUGGCGCCGCCGCGGGGCCCAGCCGGCAGCGGGCGCGCAGGGGCGGGGCAGCGGCGGCGGGUGUGUGUGGGGGGUGAUGCCCUUGUUUAUUUUUACCCGGGCGGCUCAUCCUCUCCGGCAGCCCCAGCGCGGCCCCCGCCGCCGCUCCCCGCCCCGGCGCCGCCUAUAAAGCGCCGCCCGCGGGGUGCCGAGGAUGCAGCUCUACAGCUCCGUGAUCACCCACUACCCGGCGGGCGGGACAGCCGCAGCAGCCGCCGCGGCGGCCUCGCCCAGCGCCGCCGGUGUCUUCAAGGUCUCCUUGUCUCCGGGACCCCCCUCCGCGGAGGCACCGAGCGCCGCCGACGCCGCGGGACCGAACCCGGCCGCCGAGAGCCCCGCCAAGGACGGCUUCGUUCCCGGGGGGGGAAACAGUAGCAGCAGCGCCGCCGCCAUGCCCGCCUUCUCCUCCUGCCUGGAGGUGAUGCCGAGCGGCCCCGCGGCGGGCCCCGGCAGCCGGCCGGCGGGCGGCCCGCAGUACAGCUCCUGCGCGCAGGUCACCGUCAGCCGUCGGCGGCCGCUGGAGCGGGUCGUGCCCAUCCGCAUCGUGCAGCGAGCCGAGGCCCCCGGCGAGCUGGUACCGGCCUCGCCGCGCAGCCGCGCCUGGCUGGAGGGCAUCCUGGAGAGCAUGCGGCAGGCCGGGGGGGACGGCGAGGCCGCCGCCCUGCCGCCGCCCGCCGAGGAGCCCAGCAACCGCAGCCUGCGCCUCAGCGAGCACUGCCAGGCGCUGCAGGCGGCGGCCGCCGGCGCCCAGCCCGGGCCGGUCCCAGGCUGUCGCCCCGCGGAGCGGAGCGGCAGCCAGGCGCUGCCCGCCGCCGGCCCCUCGCCCGGGGAGGAGGCGGACGAGGAGGAGCGGGGCGGGGGGCCCGGUGUGCGCGGGGGGCCGGGCGGCAGGCCGGAGCGCAGCGAGAAGCUGGCGCUGUACCUGGCCGAGGUGGAGAAGCAGGACAAGUACCUGCGGCAGAAGGGCAGGUUCCGCUUCCACAUCAUCCCCGACGGGAACUGCCUCUACCGCGCCGUCUGCAAGGCGGUGUAUGGGGACCAGCGCCUGCACAGCGAGCUCCGCGAGCAGACUGUGCACUACAUCGCCGACCACCUGGACCACUUCAACCCUAUCAUCGAGGGCGACGUGGGAGAGUUCCUCAUCGGCGCUGCCCAGGACGGGGCCUGGGCCGGCUACCCGGAGCUGCUGGCCAUGGGGCAAAUGCUGAAUGUGAACAUCCACCUCACCACGGGCGGCCGGCCCGAGAGCCCCACCGUUUCCACUAUGGUUCACUACCUGGGGCCUGAGGACCCGACACGGCCCAGUAUCUGGCUGAGCUGGCUUAGCAAUGGGCACUACGAUGCUGUGCUGGACCGCGUGUGCCCCAACCCAGAGUAUGAGGCGUGGUGCAGACAGACUCAGGUACAGCGCAGGCGGGAUGAGGAGCUGGCCAAGUCCAUGGCAGUGUCCUUGUCCAAGAUGUACAUCGAGCAGAAUGCCUGCUCUUGAGACUGCCAGGGCUGCAGGCUGGGAGCUUUGCUGCGGGGACUGAGACAGACAGAAGGUGUGCUGGCUGUGAUAGUGAUGCCUUAAUCCUUAAUGAAGCAGCAGCACCCCAGACUGAGAAGGACUGUAGAUUGUGGGGGAUAAAUACAGAUGUGUUUGUAAUAUUAUGUUGUAAAAACUUAGCCUCGGAUUAUUUGCAAGCAGAUUCUUUGCCUAUCUUUGUGUCUCCCCUUCCCACUGUCUAUUUUCUAUAAGAAUGUAUUUUUUGCACAAUAUUUUUAAAAUGUUACCUCCAUCUUCUACAUCUUACAUUAGUAUCUGGCUUUCAGCUGUACAGCCAAAAAUGUUUGUAAACAGUUUUUGUAAAUAAGGCUUACGAUGUAACAGCUAUUUUUUUGCUGUGUUUUUUACCCAUAAACCUUAUAUUUUUACCAAAUGAAGUUGAUGUCAAACUGACCCUUCCUAAUUGGUGAAAUCAUUGUGGGUAUUUUUCUUGCAAAACUAAAACAAUGGUUUUUGUAAAAAUGCAGCAAAGUAUGAACAGACGGCUUUUCAGAACAGUUGCUUUCUCUGCCUGGAGCACAGAACAGGUCCUUUGAGCCAGUUGGAAUGCAGCUACACAUGAACAGUACAGGGAGCAAUUGACUCUUCUGUAUUUAAUUACUGUUUUGAGUAAACUGGCCUCUUGUUGCCUGGUUGGCUUGCCCUCUGCUCCAUUUAUAUUAUUUAUCUGUAAUAACAGAACAUUAACUUGCAAUAGAAUGUUGUGACUAGAUAAUAGUCUCCCGCUUUGGCAAUAAUUGCCUUGGCUGCACCUCGGUGUUUGUGUUCUUGUUUCUGGGGUUAUGGUGUCUUUUGUACAAGCCCUGCUUCUUGGCACUAGUGUUGCACCAACAAAUCAUUAUCUGAUCACAACAUUUUAUUCACUUGAUGUUGUUUUCUAAUCAAGAAAUUGGGAAUGGCGUUCUACAUUAUGGUUUAAAAGAAGAGUAUUUAAAUGGAAGUUUGUAUGGUUUGCUGGGUCAAACAUUUGAAUGUUUCCAAUCUGAAUUCUGUCUCUACUUUCUGAUUAACUUGUUAGAUAUAUUUAUUAAGUAAUGCAGUUUGUACUUUUUUAUUUUGUAAUAUAUUGUGAUUUUGGAAUUUAUACUGUAUUUGUAUAAUAGGAAUAUUCACAGUUAAAAUGGAAUGAAUAAAGAAUAUAAUUUUACUUGGGUUCUUUUUUUCCAACUUUUGCAUUCCUGUUGUGGUGAAGAACUGCAAGGGGGUUCUCAAGGCCCUCUGUUUAGCUCCUCUACCUUAGUUUCCCCCAAUUAAGGGGUGGGAAGAAGGGGCAUGAUACUUUAUAAAUGCGAACCACUCGUAAUUCUGGUGUCUGUGGAUAUGUGAAAGAAAAGCAUUUAAAGACAAUUGAAGAAUUAUUUUGUAACUGUAAGAGGUCUUUGUAUAUCUCUUUGCCAGUGAGAAAUAUUUUGUAUCUUAAUAUGCCUUAGAAGAGUUCUCAAGCGUAGAAUGUGGGCUGGUUGUGAUGAACCAGGUCUCUGCUGGGCUGUGCACACUUGGGCUUGGACUCCGAUAGUUGGGAAUGUCCAUUCUGCAGCCAGUCCCAAAUGUUUUAGUUUUGCCUUGUCACCAGUGAUACCUCGGCAACCCUCCUCCUCCUCUUACUUGAAUAGAAGUAAUGUUACAAGGAACUACAGUUUUUUGCACUCCUUGCAAGAGGGGACUGUCUUGCAAGUUGUUAAACAGUACUGUGUGUACAUGCGUUUACAAACCUACCCCUGAUCUCUAAAAAUACUAGAAGUCCAUCCUUAAAUGACAGAAGGGUACUGGGUUAAAAUUGGGAUUAAAAAUUAACAAUAACUGAAAUGCAGAAAUCUUAAUUGAGCACACUUGUAAUAAAGAGCUGCAGGAUUGAUUGUGUAUAUAUUUAGUACUGUUUUAUGUGAUGCAAGGAAUAUAUAUAAAUGAAUUUAUUGUUAUUUCCAAAAUAAUGGUAAAUGCAGACUCGGGUUUUCUCCUUUUUUUCUACUAGGAAUCAUGUUUUUUCUUUAAAGGUAAAAUAAUGGGUGGAAAAAACCAGUCUUGCUAGUCAUCCACUAUUGCUUAACUUUACUGAAUCUCUGGAAAGCUGAGUUCUGAGGCGAGAGCAAGGAAAAGAUGCAAAUAUGGAUGUGUUGAUGAGGAACAGAGAUAGUUGGUGAUGAAAAUAGCUACUCGGGUGGCUGUAAGCACAAAAAUACUAAUACAGCAUCACUAAACACCAGUGAUAUGCUUGACUGAUUAAAAACUUUGUAUCCAGACUGUUUAGGUUUUGGGUUGGAUAUGAUGAAUUCACUCAAAGUGGUCAAUAUCCCAAACUUGUAAAAAAGCCAUUUGUUUCAGAUCUUUUAAAAUUACCAUUUUCAGCUAUAACAAUAAUUGUGAUUACAAUUUUUUUUGUUGUUUUGUUUGUUCAUUUUUUUUUUUGACACAAACCUUAGAAACAUGCAUAGAAUAAGCCAAGAAAAGAAGGAUUGAUAUUCACUCUGUGAGAUAUAAUUUAUAUUAAAGUGUCAACAAAAAAAUAGUGUUAAACAGCACAGAACCCUGGGAUAAGUUCCCACAGGGUUCCUGAGAAAUUUUGAUGCUGCUGCAUGAAUCACGGGGGCAUGCAGAUAACUUUAAGGGAUUUGAAAAAACUAGGUUACUUGUUGAACUAGUUUGCAAAGACAUGAAAGAUGUAUUGCUGAAGCAUGUAACAAGGCACUUGUUUUUGCAGCUUGCAUUACAUUCUGUGUCUAUUGACAGCUUGCAUUACAUUCUCUGUCUGACAAAAAUGGCAUGUCAGACGCUCCAGGCACAUGGAAGGUGAAAACGUUUUUAUUGCUUGGUGCUUAAAGUGCAACGGAGACACGGAGUUCGGAUGCAAGCUGAUGGUGUUUUGCCUGUGUAGUGGUAGCAGCAGUUUUAUGGAGUACUUUUAUAGUGGUAGUGACCCUUAGUGUGGACAAACCUUUACAAAACAGCUUGCAACGUUGUCACUUGCUCCCAGCAAAAGCACAAGUAGAUGCAAGUUUUCCCUUACUGUUCCUUGUUCAACAAUUCAGUAACAAGGGAAGGACAAAUGUUGUCCUUGCUCAUAAUUUCAGUACUCGAUUAUUUUAACCUUGGCUAAUCACUUACAUAACCCAGCUAAUCCUUAGACCUGUCUGGGGACAUUGGUCAACAGACUAUUAUUGACGAUAAGCGAGGAGGAGAGCUUGAUUUUCAAUAUUUGGCUCUAAGGUCAGGUAGAAAAUGCUUUAAUUCUGAACUGGGAAAAUGUGAACUGGAGUCUGUGGGAGCUGAAAAUUUAUGAUGCCAUCUUUGGUUGUAUUUAAUAAUACAAUUGUGAAUUAGUUGACAUGUUGGAUGCUUCAUUUCAGUUUCUCAGGUUGCCAAAGACUAUGGCAUUCUGUCACUAAAUGUGCAAUGGAUAUGUUAGAAUUUUCCUGUGUCUUGAACAGACUCUGUUAUACAAAGCAAGUUUUGCAAGAACUGAAUUGGUUUGGAUGUACAGUGAAUGCAUCCCAAAGUAGGAGUGGUGGGCAAGUGGGAAAAGGAAGAUUUGUGUGUUAUUAUUUUUCAUUUUAGUCAAUGGUUUUCAGAAAUUUCAGUGGAUGACUGUGCUUAGUAACUUAUUUAGGAUGCAUAAAACUUGCCUAAUACCAGCUACUGGGUUUAUCUGUCCUGUUGUACAUGGCUGGUACCUUACAUGUGUACAAGAUAAAUCUGUUACAUUAAUGCCGCUUGUAAAUAAAGGCAUAUUUUGGUU